AUUAUUAUAAUAAUAAGGAAAAAGUUAGAAAAUUAAAAUUAAAAAAAAAACAAAAAUCAUUAAUAAUUAUUUUUUUUAAUUAAAUUUAAUAUAUACUAUAUUAUUUUUCAUAUUGUUUUCUUUUAAAAAAAAAUUUUUUUUUUUUUUUUUUUUAAUUGACAAUCUUUUAUAAUUACAUAUGAUAGAUAAAUAAUAUAAUAAUAUUUCUAUAAUAAAUAAUAAUAAAAAAUGAAUAUACAAAGAUCUCAAAGUUUAAAUAAUAUUAUAAAUGAAAAAUUAGGUAGAAUUAUUGUAGCAAGUAAUACCUUACCAAUAUCAAUUACAAAGAUAACUGAAACACCAUCUAUUGGAUCACCAUUAAAUGCAAGCAAAGAAAUUCCACUUACUAGUAGCUUUGGUAUGUCAGAACCAGUAAGAGAUAAUGGAAAUGGAGGUAAAAUUCAAGUUCAAAUAUCAUCAAUACCAUUCCCAAUAGAGUCGGCUCUAGAUACUUUAAUGAACAAGCAAGAAAUUGAAGAUUGGACAUGGAUAGGGUGGUCUCACGUAGAAUUACCAGAAGAAGAUUUUCCAUCAUUAGAAAGGUCUAUUAAGGAUUUCAACAACCAUUUCGAACCAAUUUUUUUAAAUGAACAUUUGGUAGAUGGGUACUAUAAGGGUUAUUGCAAGAAUGCAUUAUGGCUGUUACUUCAUUAUCAAUUAAAUUUCGUUAAAAUGCAAUCAGAAUGGUGGGAUGAUUAUGUUGUUGUAAAUCAAAUGUUUGCUAAUAAAAUUGCCGCCACUUGGAGACCUGGUGAUAUCAUUUGGAUCCAUGAUUACCAUUUAAUGCUUGUUCCACAAAUGCUCAGAAAGUUACUACCAUUGGAAGCACCAAUCGGUUUCUUUUUCCAUGCUCCAUUCCCAUCUUAUGAAUUGUUCCGUAUUCUUCCAAAUAGAAAAGAGAUUCUUAAAGGUAUCUUGGGUUCAAAUUUAAUAGGUUUCCAAUCUUUCGAAUACCUCCGUCAUUUUAGAUCAUCAUGUGCUCGUUUAUUGGAUUUAGAAGUUCAUCCAAAAGGUUUAGAAAUUGUUGAAGAGACUUUUACUCAUUUUACUAAACUUCAGGUAUAUCCAAUCGGUGUAGACUACAAUGAUUUUGUUAAAAAUCUUAAUUUGCCAGAUGUUGCUAGUAGAAUAGAAUCUCUUCGUAAAAUAUUCAAGGGAAAAAAGGUUUUGGUAGCAAGAGAUAGAUUAGAUCAAAUUGAAGCAGUACCAAGAAAAUUGGAAGUAAUAGAAAGUUUAUUAAACGACCAUCCAGAGUAUCACGGCAAACUUGUUUUUAUUCAAAUUUAUGAGCCAACUGUUGAGGAAGAAGAUGAAACUGAGGAACAAAAAAUUUUACAUAAAACAGUAAAUGAAAUGGUUGGUAGAAUUAAUGGAAAAUUUGGUAAAUUAAGUUUUAAUCCAAUCGAGUAUAUUAAUAGAAAGGUAACUUAUGAGGAACUCUCAGCUUUGUACAAGUUGGCAGACGUAGCUUUAAUAACACCAAUUAGAGAUGGCAUGAAUUUAACAUCACACGAAUAUGUUGUAUGCCAAAAGGAUAAUUUUGGUGUAUUAAUCCUCAGUGAAUUUGCUGGAGCAGCAAGAUGUUUAGGGGGGGCAAUUAUUGUAAAUCCAUUUUCAAAGAAGGAGAUAAUGGGUGCAAUUAUUGAAGCACUAAAUAUGAAUGGUGUUGAUAAGAAAUUAAAGCAUCAAAUCAAUUAUAACUAUGUUUUAGCAAAUACAUCAUCGUUUUGGGGCAAAAGAUUUUUAUGUGACCUCAACGAAGCAACACAACAAGAAGUUCAAGAAACAAGAGUUCUUAAAGCCAAUAUACCAGAGAUCGAAGAUUCGUACAAGAAAUCAAAAAGCAGGGUUUUCUUUUUGGAUUAUGACGGUACUCUAACACCAUUGGUACGUCUCCCUAGUCAAGCUAUGCCAUCUAAACAUUUAAUUGACACUUUGGCAAAAUUAGCCAGCGAUCCAAAGAAUGAUGUUUAUAUCAUAAGUGGUAGAGAUCGUGUAUCACUUGAAAAGUGGUUGGGUCAUAUACCAGUUGGUAUGUCAUGUGAACAUGGUGUAUUUACAAGGCCACCAGGUGUAAAUCAACCAUGGGUAGAGUCACCAAAUGCAGAGCAAUCUUGGAAAGAAACAGUAUUGCAGGUAAUGCAGGAUUUUGAAGAUAGAACCCCAGGUUCAAUGGUUGAGAUAAAGCAAGUUAAUCUUACAUGGCACUAUAGAAAUGCGGAUCCAGAUUUUGGUCAAUUCCAAGCUAGAGAAUUGGUUGCUCAGCUUUAUGCAGUUGCAAAUAAAUAUCCAUUGGAUAUUCUCUCUGGUAAAAAGGCAAUUGAAGUCAAACCAAUCGGUGUUAAUAAAGGUGAGAUUGUAAAAAUGAUUCUUUCAAAAUCAUCCCCCGACUUUAUUCUCUGUAUUGGUGAUGAUAAAACCGAUGAAGAUAUGUUUAAAGUUUUAACAAAUGUACCAUCAUAUUCAAUUCGUGUAACUGCUGAUCUAAAAGAGUCAACAAAAGCUAAAGGUAUUUUAGAAAGUUCUCAAGAAGUUUUAUCACUUUUAAAUAAGUUAUCAUCGUUAUAAUAAAUAAUUAAUAAUAAUAAAAAUAAAUUAAUAAUAUCUAAAUGUAUAAUUAAUUAAUAAAAAAAAAAAAAUAUUUU